AUGGGAUGCACGGAGGAGAUGAUCGACAGAUUAGUUGCCCUUGAUCCAGAAAAGGGCAGAUAUCAGGGUAUUAUUCCUUCACUCGAUGUCUGGCAUGCCUCAAAUAAUCUAACAAAGAAACUUCGUGCUACCAGCGCCUCAGCUCUGCUGGGGGCUCAUGACCCCAGGGCCCUGUCCUCCUCAUCCCUCCUCCUGCAGCUGAACUGGAGCAGACACAACAAAGGACAGAACUUGAUAUCUGGUCCCUGA